AUCAGCUUCAGUCACACUCGCCAUGGCUCUCAAGGUUGUCCUGCUUUCCGCCCUCGUGGCCGCCGCCCUCGCCCGCCCCGACACGCCCUACCACCCUCCAGCUUCCUCCUACCACGCCCCCGCCCCAGACGCGCCGCCCAGGUACGACUACAACUAUGCCGUGGUGGACGACUACUCCGGCAACAACUACAACGCUCAGGAGGCGCGCAACGGCUACGACACCCAGGGAUCCUACUACGUGCAGCUGCCCGACGGCCGCCUGCAGAGGGUCACCUACACCGUCAACGGCGACUCAGGCUUCUUGGCCGACGUGACCUACGAGGGCGAGCCCCAGUAUGCCCCCCAGAGCUACGCCCCCGCCCCCGCCCCCUCCUACAGGCCAGCGCCCACCCCGCCAGCCUACCAGUGAGCACCACGCACCACACACUGUACACAAUUAUUUAUUAAAGCAUUCAUGACCUGCACCUCUUGUUUCAACUUAA